GGGGGGAGGCGGCGGCGGCGGCGGCUGCAGCGGCUGCGGGCAGCGCGCAGGACGCAGGGCUCGGGGCGAUCGCAGUCCGGGCUCGGGCGGCGGGCGGUGGGCGCAGGCUCCCCGGUGCCCGCCCCUCCGCUUGGGGGGGUCGCGAGCGGGCGGCCGGGGAGGGGCCGGCACCGCCGCGGCAAAAUGAGCCUGCUGUCGGCCAUCGACACGAGCGCCGCCUCGGUGUACCAGCCGGCCCAGCUGCUCAACUGGGUCUACCUGUCGCUGCAGGACACUCACCAGGCUAGCGCCUUCGACGCCUUCCGGCCGGAGCCGACCGCCGCCGCCGCCGCGCCCCCGGAGCUGGCCUUUGGCAAGGGCCGCCCGGAGCAGCUGGGCUCGCCCCUGCACUCCAGCUAUCUCAACAGCUUCUUCCAGCUGCAGCGCGGAGAGGCGCUGAGCAGCAGUGUGUACAAGAGCGCCUCGCCCUACGGCUCCCUCAACAACAUCGCCGACGGCCUCAGCUCCCUCACUGAGCACUUCUCUGACCUGACUCUCACCUCCGAGGCCCGCAAGCCCAGCAAGCGGCCCCCGCCCAACUAUCUGUGCCACCUGUGCUUCAACAAAGGCCACUACAUCAAGGACUGCCCCCAGGCACGCCCCAAAGGCGAGGGUCUGACUCCGUACCAGGGCAAGAAGCGCUGCUUUGGCGAGUACAAGUGUCCCAAGUGCAAGAGAAAAUGGAUGAGUGGGAACUCCUGGGCCAACAUGGGGCAGGAGUGCAUCAAAUGCCACAUCAACGUGUACCCGCACAAACAGAGACCCCUGGAGAAGCCCGAUGGCCUGGACGUGUCUGACCAGAGCAAGGAGCACCCGCAGCACCUCUGUGAGAAGUGCAAGGUCCUGGGCUACUACUGCCGCCGCGUGCAGUGACCGGCCGCCCGCCCGCACCCACCGCCCCCUCCCGCCGGCCCGAGGAGACACCACCUCCCCUGUGCUGCUCUGAGGGGCUGCGUGUCCCCCUGUGCGUGGAGCGUCCUCGCAGGCCGGAGGGCUGGGCAGGGUGGGUCUUAGAGUCCUUGUCUCACGUGUGUUGACAAACAGUGUUACUGACAUUGCUGCCCCCACAGGCCAGAGAAGGCAGGGUCUCUGGGGCUCUUUGCAGGUGGGCCUGGGGUCUCUGGGAAGGGGACAAAAGUGAGCAGAGGCCAGCAGCCAGGACCCCACAAAGCCCUGGUGUCCCCCGCAGGCUCUCCUCUGAGAGUCCCUUUGGGGUGAGCAGCCUUGUAUUGGCCACAAGUGCACUAAAUUUACUGUGAAUCCCAAAGCCUGCAGGGGCCUGUCUCCCCGAGACCAGCCAGGCCCCCUUCUCCCACCCUGUGCCUUCCGGCUUGCCCUGCGUGGAAAGCCACUCUCAGAGACCCCUGUGUUUCUAUCUAAGUCAGCGAUCGUGGCAAGUGGCCAUCUGUCCUAACAGCUGCUGAGGAGGGGCCUCUCUGUCCCCUGCCCUCGCCAAGCCCCAAACCUUGACUGCCUCUGAUGUCACUGGCAUUGCACCUGCGUGCUGCCCCCCCACCCCACCCCCAUGGACCCAGACAGGAGGGGCCAGGGCAGGAGAGGCGCUGAACGUUGGACAGUGCUCCAAGAUGUGUCCCAGGGAAUACCGGCAGCACCUCCCACGACCCCCACCAGACGCUCUUCCCACUGGCUCGGGUUUGCCAGGCCCAUUCCCUUCCCCCGAUUCCACCUCCCACCCACACUGGGGGGCCACAACCCGAUCAAGGGUGUGGGGUCCAGCGUGGAAGCCACUCUGGCAGGAAGGACACGGGCCUGAUGUUCUGGAGGCCUCAGCUCAACUGGCCCUGCUGCCGACGCACUGUGUCACCUUGGGCAAGGACUGCAUCUCCAGGCCUCAGUUUCCCCAUUAGUUAAGUGAGAACACGACACUAGUCCUGAUGUUCUGGGACUCAAGGUGGCUGGUGCCGUCUCCUGGAGCAGAGAGCUCUGUCUGGGGAGCUUCACCCAGGAUGGAGGGAGAAACCUCCCAGGUGCCAGGUGUCACACCAUGACCCCUCCAUCCGUCACUUAGGAGGUCAGGCUGAGGGAUGCCACGUCCUGCCCCCACCCUCUGCAGCCCCAGCUCUGCUUGUCAUCCUCCACCCCUACAAAAAUGGAAAAGGAUGCCCCCUCCUCCUCACCUAGGUCCCUGGCCCCUCACAUGGGACCCUGGGACAAGCCACAGAACCUCUCAUUUGUAAGAUGGGGACAAUGAUUUCCUACCUCCCAAGGGAGCAGAGAGGCCUCUUGGCACACGGCAUGGUCGGGGAGCCACUGUCCUCUCUCUCCCCCAGAUGAGAAGCCCCUUCUGUUGUCGCAGCCUCCUUCCUUUCUCCCAGGGGAUGGAGAGAACCCGCUGUUGGGACUGAGUCGCUUGAUUUUGCCCCAACAUUAUGCCUCUGUGGGGGGUAAAAAAAUCAGACCGCAAUAGAGGCCUGAAAUUCAGUGUUUACCGUGGCUCAAGGACACCCACCUGGUGCCCAGUUGCCUUUUGUUUUCAAAUGAAGAUGCUUUGUACAGCUGAGGAGUUACAGUGAAGUGUUAACCAGGGGUCCAGGGAGAGAGUUGAAAAGAUGGAGUGAGUGCAUCUGCAGCCGGGGGGCUGCAGGGUAGGCAUGGGGGGCCCAUACCCUCUGAGCACUUAUAAAAGGUGUAUUUGCUCUAGGCUGGGCAGCAGGCUACCACCCUUGCCACGCUGGGGACCGCCCCUGAGGACUCCCCAGGCCCACUGCUCCUUCUCCAGGGUGGCAAGGGGAGCAAGGCUUCUGCACCGAAGAGAAGCUGUCACUGACAGCCAUCUUACCGCAUUUCUAAAGAGAAUGUUCACAGUGGUGGGCCGUGGGCUUGUCCCAACCCUUCCAGGGACCUGGCCCCACUCAGACACCUUGGUCCAGGGCUGCCUGGGGCCUGCCAACAGGGCUGCAAAGAUGGGGGACCCCCACACCCUAAAAAGAACCCAGGCUCCAGACCGCUGGAAGCCAGGGUCUUCCAUACUCGGGCCAACAGGAGGUAGGACAUCAUUCUCAAGUGACCUUUCAGUGGGCUUGUCCAGCAGGUGGCCAUCACCUUUCCAUCUCUGCAUGGUCGGCCACCUCGGGGGCUGUGCCCACUCUCCUGAGGCCACCCUUCCGCAGUGCUGCCCCCCCGCCCCCGGCUCUGUUCUGACUGAAUUUGGGAGCUGUCUGUGGUCAGCAAAGCCACUGCUGUCCAGGCUGGGUGCUGUGCCAUUGAAGUGCUCAGAGGGCCUGGGAGCCCAGGGGACAAGAAGGUGUGUGGUUUUAGUACGUUCAAAAGGGACAAUCGCUUGCAGUUAGUAGAUCUAGUGAUCUAGUUGGGAGAUAAUGGUGUUUAUCCCAUAUGAAGUAUUCAAUAAUUCUACAUGUGAAUUUGUAUUUAUUUUGAGUUAUACUUGACACAGAAUUCCUUUUUUUAAAAAAAAAAAUACUAUGUGUGUGUAUUUUGAAAAAAAAAUUCAUAGAUGUUAAAAUUUCUGCAUGGUUACCAACUUUUCUCACAACACUGAAUUUGGUAGCUUCUCCCGAAAAAUCUUCACCGUGAUUUUUGUCUGUAUAUAUUUGAAGGCCUUUUUUUAAAAAAAGAAAAAGAAAAGAAAAAUAUAAUUGCUUGAUUUUUGAGAUUUAAAAAAACAAAUAAAAAGGGAGGCAUUUUUUAAAACUUCAGAACUUUCAGGAGGGCAACAGAAUAUCAAGCAAAGAUUUCUGGAAGUAUUUUUGCAAACCCUCUGGUUGAGCUGCGAGAAAAUAUUUAUGGUGAGAACUUUCCUCUUUUUCCUGUUAUUGGAUUUUGGGUGUUUUUUUGUUAGUUUUUUUACUAUGCUUUGGUCUGUAAAAAGUAUGCAACUGAACUACAUUAAGAAGGAAAUAUUGUCUACAUAGAUAUUAUAUGAAGUUGGUACAUAAUUCUGAUGAGAAAAACAAAUCUUUGCAAUUCUUUAAGCCAUAUUGUUGUUAUUCUGUGUUAUUUUCCUUGGAUGAAAAUAUCAGUAUUAAGUAGCCAGCCUAUUAUUCAAGUGUUUAGACUUAUUAAUAUGUUCUUGUCCUGUAUUUAUACAUAUGUGUAUUUUGGAAAGUAUUGCCUUUUGAAAGGGAAGCUAUUAUUAGAUACAUAGCGAAAAAGGGAAUGGUGCCUCUUGUGUGGAGGAUAACAGACAUAGCAAUAUAACCCAUUCUCUCGCACCUUUUUAUUAUCUUGUUAUUAUGGUUUUAUUAAUUUUGUAGGGGGGCAGGGAGUGGGCAAGGGAGAGAGGACACAUUGGACUCACCAGCCCUUCUACGCUGUGCCAGCCCCUUGGCCUGGUCGGGGGCUUCUCAUUGGCAAGGCCACAGGAGGGAAGAGGAGGCGGGGGUGGGGGUGUGGGGAGCAGACUUCUCCACGCCCCCGCUGGAGCUUUGCCAUCUCAGCCAGGCCUCGGGGCCAUGCUCCUUGAACUGGGAUAUGUCAACCAGAGCCCUCCAGCAUCUAAUAGACUCAAGUCUACUCCAGACGAAUGUUUAAUCCAACCUCACUACAUCCUAGCCCAGUGCAACAACUAACCCUGAAGUGUGGGGUGUCCUGGCCGUCAGCAGGGUGGCUGAGCCGUCCCCCUCUGGGGGCUGGUGGCAGUGGGGCUGCCAACCUCGCUGUGCGACCGCCUCCACCCCCGUGUGGUGACCCUGUCCAUGUCUGUGUCUGUUAAUACGUGUGAGUCCAGCUAAAAAGACAAACAGAACCUGUGGGCCCAGCUUGGAGGGGACGGGGUGAAGCUCCCGACUUCUCCGAGGGCUGCCCUCGGGGUGGCAUUCCGUUGUGUGCCUUAUUCCUGGAGAAUCUGUAUACGGCCUGCCUAUAGCAAUAUAGCCUUUUUAUGCUGUAUUAAAAUGACUUUUAAAAGCAAAA